AUGGCCAAACGUGCCGCAUCCAAUGAUGGUGCACCUACCUCGAAGCGUAUCAGAAUUGAUGACAGGAAUCAGACAACACCACUAGCGGAUAAACAUGCAUGGGCAAUCUUGGAGCAGUUCCUUACCACGGACAUGACGUACCCUCAGAUGGAAGAAGCUCUACUAUCGUACCUCAGCGAUCGAUAUUCCGCAGAUGAUUGGAAGGAAUCCCGAGACGCAUUAUUUUCCGGUGACGAUGAUGACAAGCUUGCCUUGGCAAACCUUCGUGCUGUCAAGGCAAAGCACAUACAUCCAGCCUCAUCCGCUCCCAAGGAUUCUUCCAUGGCCGACAGGCGAUCGACCAGUGCACACAUUCAAAGUUCACGUAGACGAGCCAGAUUGAAAAAUCCCUACCUUGAUCUGGCUGCAGAGGACAACAACAACAACAAGGAUGAUGAUGAGGAGGGGGGGGGGAGGGGGAGGAGGAGGAGGAGGAGGACAACCACAAUAAACCCUCAGAGUCCUGGAAGAUUCGAAGGCACACAACCUAGCUCAUCACAAGAUCAUCAGACUAUUCCCACCUCAAUAUCUGGCCUCAUCCCUUUAGCUGGAUUGCAGGACGGGAAGAUGUAUCAUCUCCAUGUUGAACGGAAUGUCACAGAUUAUAUUGCUGCACACCUUUGGAGGAAAAAAUUUGCCGUCAAGGUGUUAGCUUGGUUAGCUGGCCAGCUGUAUGUGGUGGCAGACAGCCCUAAAACCAUCGCAGAUUCGCUUCCUUUCUCGCUCUACCUCACCAUUGUGGGUAACACAACAAAGUGA